UCGCCUCGCUCCCGUGUGUAGUACGGUAAACGGUGUACUACCACUUGCCCUGACGUACGUACUACACGCGCCCCGGUGAGCCGGUCCAAUAUAUACACGUCGUACUCCCGAGAGGCCGAGACGCGCCGGCAGAGAGCAAGCAGAUCAAUUGCCAAAUAUCUCGCUAUCAGCUAUGGACAUGGGAGGGCACGACAUGGGCGGCAUGUCCCCGCCGGCGGCCGGGGCGGCGGCGCAGGGCGGCAUGGGCGCCAUGAAGUCGAUGAGGUACACGCACAUGACCUUCUUCUGGGGCAAGAACUCGGAGGUGCUCUUCACCAUGUGGCCCGGCACGAGGGGGGGCAUGUACGCGCUGGCGCUCAUCUUCGUCUUCGCGCUGGCCGUCAUCGUCGAGUUCCUCGGCAGCCGCAGGGCGGACGCCUGCCUCGCCGCACUGGCGCGGCGCGCCCCGGCGGCGGGCGGGCUCGCGCGCGCGGCCGUGCACACGGUGCGCGUCGGCGUGGCGUACCUGCUCAUGCUCGCGCUCAUGUCGUUCAACGGCGGGGUGUUCCUCGUGGCCGUUGCCGGCCACGCCGCGGGGUUCCUGGCGUUCCGCGCCGGCCUGUGCGGCGGCCCCGCGCAGGUGGAGGAGGACCGCAAGAACGACCCGGCCUGCUGCUAGUAGCCGCCUCGUCGACGUUGGUGUGUACUGUGAGCGAUCGAUUCGGUUCGGUGGACGUUGGUUUGAUGCUUGCAUGUGUUUGUGUAAUUGUGUAUAUUGUUCGCGGUCGGUUGGAUGAGUUGUUUGGCUGGUUUUCUUUCGUCUGUAUCAUUGUAUGGCUCAAAAACGUGACAUGAAAAAGGCUCCUGAUGGUCCAUCUCUCAAGUUGAAAUCUGAAAAGUUCCGGUGCCGUGAAACUGUAAUCGUGCAAUCCGCUAUCUAUCACUUGUUUCAUUGAUGAUUCACCCUGGCUGUAAUUUCAAUUCUAAUAAAUUGAUUAUGGUGCGCUUAUGUAAAUGUCCUUGUCUUUAAAAAGAAAUGUAAAUGUCCUUCAAACAAUUCUUGUUUUGUUUUG